AUGACAGAUUGUAAACCUGUUAGCACUCCAAUGGAGACUGGUUGUAAAUUGACCAAGUCAGAUGACUCCCCUGAGGUAAAUCAAUCUGAGUAUAGAUCAAUGGUUGGUAGCCUACUUUAUUUAACUGCAUCCAGGCCUGAUUUGAUGCAUGCAGUUUGCUUGGUUUCACGUUUUCAGUCUGCUCCCAAACAAUCUCAUUUGAUUGCUAUAAAAAGGAUAUUCAAGUAUAUUCAAGAUGAUAGAAAAAGCACCAGUGGUGCAGCAUUCUUCCUAGGAGAUCGCCUUGUUGCCUGGCAUAGCAAAAAGCAAGAAUGUGUUACUUUAUCAAUUGCAGAAUCUGAAUAUAUUGCAGCAACAGCUUGUUGUACACAAUUAAUCUAG